AUGGAGGUUCGACAGCUCCUUGCUCUGUUCCUGUGUGUCCUACCACUGUCAGCAGCGCAGCGUCCUAACAUUGUGUUUAUUGUGGCAGAUGACUUAGGCUGGAAUGAUGUUGGUUACCGAAACCCUGACAUGAAGACCCCAAACAUCGACAAACUGGCCACAGAAGGAAUCAUCUUCGAGAAUGCAUAUGUCCAGCCUCUGUGCACCCCCAUGAGACAAUUCACCCUGGCUGAAGCUGUAGCAGCAUGUGUACCUCUCAACUAUACAUUCCUGCCCCAGGAAUUAAAGAGACUCGGCUAUGCUACACACAUGAUUGGAAAAUGGCACCUGGGUUUCUGCAAGUGGGAGUGCACCCCAACCUACCGAGGCUUCGAUACUUUCUUUGGAUACUAUAAUGGGAAUGAAGGAUAUUUCAAUCACUCAAUCGCUUCCGGCAAGAAACUAUUCCGGGAAUAUUCUGCUUACACGUUCACCCAGAGAGCAGUUGACAUCAUCCAUCGACAAAACGCAUCACAACCACUGUUUAUGUACCUUCCAUAUCAGAAUGUACAUGAGCCAAUUGAGGUGCCUAAGAAGUACGAGGAUAUGUAUCCGAACGUCAUUAACGAAGGCCGAAGAAAGUACAGUGGAAUGGUAUCUGCCUUGGAUGAAGCGGUUGGAAAUGUUACCCAAGCCUUGAAAGAUCGGGGCUUGUUUGAAAAUACCCUAAUUCUGUUUACUACUGACAACGGAGGCCCUCUCGACGUGUAUGCCAACAACUGGCCCUAGCGAGGAGCGAAGCGCACCAUCUGGGAGGGUGGCACGAGGACAUCCUUCAUGUACGGAGCGGGGCUCCAAAGGAUAAAAACUACAUAUGAAGGAAUGUGGUGUUUGAAAACAGGAAUCGCUUCUACCUCUUUACAGGAUGAUCCACGCCGUCGACUGGAAACCCACCUUAGUGUCUGCUGCUGGGGAACUCCAGAGACAACCAUUGAUGGAAUGAGUCACUGGGAUUCUAUUCGAUACGGCCUCCCCUCAUCAAGGACAGAGUUCAUCUACAACAUUGACGACUUUGAAGUUCCAGACGAAGGUCAUGCUGGAAUAAGAGUAGGGGACUACAAGCUCAUCCUUGGGUACCCAGGUCGUACUGACGGUUGGCACAAACCCAUGAACAAAACAAAGGAUGAACAAUAUGAAACUAUGAUUUACAUCAAAGGUGAUGCGCCUGUCCAUCUCUUCAACAUACGAGAGGAUCCAACUGAGCACAAUGACCUCGCACAGCAGAUGCCAGACGUGGUAGCGAAGCUGCGUGCCCGGUUUGAAGAGUACAAAAGACGAUGGUGCCAGCCAAUUCCCCAAACAGGUUCCUGCAGCGGACCCCAGAAAAUACGGGAAGGUUUGGACCCCAGGGUGGUGCUAAUCAGAUGUACUGUGGGUCAUUCUAAAAUGGUGUAAACUAGUGUGC